CUUGACAACAAAGCUUAUAUAAGGUUUAAAAGUGAAUGACUUAUUUUGUCAAAUGUUAAAUUCAUUUCCUUCUUUCUAGAGAAAAAGAGAAAAAACAUAAAUGAGAGUAAAUGAGAGUAAAUGUGAAAGGAAGGAUAUGAAGAAGCGAUAGAGUCAAGGAAAGGGAAGGGAUGGAGAGGGACAAUGAAAGGGAUAGCCGCGGGAUAAGACGACGGGAGUAUCGCGUUAAAAUGGAGGAUGAUGACCUCCCCUACAUCAUGUAGAGCAUCUGCUAAAUAGAUGACACGCUGGUUGCAAUGGAUCUAGUUGCCCUCAGUCUUGCGAUGCAGGCGAAUCAGGACUAGAAUUCAUACUUUCUCCGUUCUUUAGUGAAGUCCACUUUUCCAUCCCUGGAAGGUAGAGAAACUUCACGAUGAGGCGGCGGACCCUAGAGCUAAUCACAAGACUUCUCGUGAUUCAGUUACUGCUGCUUUUGCCGUAUCUAGUAAACGCCAAAAAGAAUCGGUUGAGGAAACAACGAUCCAAACUAGAGCACGAGGUUCAGCAGCCUGACGAAUAUGAUUAUGAUUAUGACUAUGAUGGCUAUGACGAAAAAAAUGAAACCACGACGACAUUGCCACCACCUGUGGCACCCACUAGUAUUACACGACUUUCGGAAUGGCCCAAAAAACCAGGAGAAAGUUUCAUGCGUAAAUCAAAAACACUUACAGAUUCACCAGCUAUUGCAACAACUCGAUUUUAUGACCAUGAUUUAGGGAUAACUACUUCUACUUCUAAACAAAAUUAUUUAGUUUCACCUACCUCUGAAAUAUUAUCGGGUGAGGGUAAUGUAUAUAAUUCUGUGACAGUACAAAGUCCAUGGGGUGAAUCUGGUCGACCUGGAGACAUUGGUCGUCCCGGUACCGCGGGAUAUCCUGGACAGCCUGGUAUUCCUGGGAUCCCAGGACCACCUGGACCUCCAGGACCUGCACCAAAUAUAUCCCUAUAUUAUCAACAAUUGGCUUUGUCUCAAGCAAAUCAAGAUAAAGGACCAACCGGGAGUGAUUUCCCGUGGUUUCCGAUGCCAAGUUCGCCAGGUCCACCAGGUCCGCCAGGUCCCCCAGGUUUACCCGGUCCCACUGGUCCUCAAGGUUUUCAUGGCGCACGUGGUGAAACUGGUGAACCCGGUCCUGCAGGUCCCCCUGGCAUGCCAGGUCCUAAUGGUCCACCAGGAUUACCCGGAAAAGAUGGUGCCGGUGGAGAAGAUGGCGAGAUAGGUCCACCGGGCUUGCCUGGUCCUGUGGGACCACGUGGUCUUUCUGGAAUGCCUGGGUUUCCAGGUAUAAAAGGCCAUCGUGGUUUCCCAGGUCUAGACGGUGCUAAAGGAGAACAAGGCGCUCCUGGUGAGAAAGGAUUUAUGGGCUCGCCUGGAUCAAUGGGACCAGUAGGACCAACGGGUCCAGCUGGGCCCCGAGGUGAAAGAGGUAGAGAAGGUCCGCCAGGCCCUCCUGGAACAAGAGGUCUCGAUGGAGUUGCUGGACCGCCCGGGCAACCCGGUGGUAUAGGUAAACCUGGUUUACCUGGUUUCCCAGGUAAUCCUGGAAUUAAGGGUGAUCAAGGACCACAAGGACUGACAGGAAGUCAAGGUUUGCAAGGUCCGAGAGGUGAAAAUGGCCGUCCAGGACAACCUGGUGAAACUGGUCCACAAGGGCCUCAAGGCAAAGAUGGAAUUCCUGGCGAAAAAGGAGCCACUGGAGCCAUAGGAUCCAUUGGUUUACCUGGAUUUCCGGGUAUUCAGGGUCAACCAGGGAUACCAGGCAGUCCUGGUGUUUCUGGCGCUAAAGGAGCACCCGGCUUUCCUGGUGAAAGAGGUUUUAAAGGUGACGCCGGUGUCAAAGGAGAUGCAGGAAUGCCUGGUCCGCGUGGACUUCCAGGACCUCCUGGAAACGAAGGUAAAAGAGGUAAAAGAGGGAUACGCGGCCAGGAUGGUGCUGUGGGGCCUCCUGGAGAACGUGGUCCAUCUGGAGCGCGGGGUCUUCCUGGUCAGGAUGGUGUUGUCGGACCUAAAGGACAAUCUGGUGAUCGUGGUCCUAUGGGACCUGUUGGAUCAAAAGGCGCCACAGGAGAUUCUGGAUUACCUGGAUCUCCAGGAUUACAGGGUGCACGUGGUCUAAUGGGUAGACCUGGAGUCCCUGGGAAACCAGGUAACUCUGGAGAACGUGGAAUUCAAGGUGCAGAUGGCAAACCUGGAGAGCAGGGGCCACCUGGACCGCAAGGUUUACCAGGAUUAUUAGGAUCAUCAGGAGAAAGAGGAUAUCCUGGAGAACGUGGGAAGGAUGGUGAGCCUGGCAAUCCAGGUCCGCCCGGUCCAAGGGGAGAUGCUGGUAAAGAAGGACCUGCAGGAGCACAAGGUCCACCAGGUCCAUCAGGCAAUGAUGGUGCGCGAGGUCCUGCAGGACCUGUUGGACCCAGAGGUUUUCAAGGUCUUCCAGGCGCCGACGGUAAUCCGGGUAUUCCAGGCAAAGAUGGACAAGCAGGAGUACAAGGACGUCCUGGUCCACCGGGAUUAGUUGGUAAUAGAGGCGAGCGAGGUCUUCCGGGAGAACGAGGACUCAUGGGAUUACCUGGACCUAUGGGAUUUAAAGGAGAACUUGGAGCGCAAGGAGCUGAUGGUCUCACUGGUUUACCAGGGCCUAAAGGAAAUAGAGGAAAUACUGGUUUACCAGGUUUGCCGGGGUUUCCUGGUGCGAAAGGAUCAAUUGGAGAAUCUGGGCAGAAAGGAGAAAGGGGUAUGGUUGGACUAAUGGGCCCUGAAGGUCCACCAGGGCACAUUGGAGAGCGUGGUUCACAAGGAGAAAUUGGACCUCCUGGUCCUCCUGGAGAACCAGCGGAACGAGGCGAUCCGGGUUCUCCAGGUCCUAUUGGUGAAACUGGAGCUCCUGGUAAUCCAGGAGAAAGAGGUCUUCCUGGAUUGCAAGGUUCGCAGGGUUCUCCAGGUCCACAAGGAUUAAUCGGACUUCCUGGUGUGAAAGGCGAUAGAGGAUAUCCGGGCUUAAAAGGAGAGCAAGGAAGUCCUGGACAGCCUGGUAAUCGCGGCGAAAUUGGACCGCCUGGACCUAUCGGACAUACUGGUGCUAAAGGAAUUAGAGGUGAACCUGGUACACGUGGCGAACCUGGCUUAAUGGGGCCACCUGGCAAUGGACAUGUUGGACCACCAGGAUCACCAGGAAAUAUAGGACCAUCUGGUGCUCCAGGAUUGCCUGGUGUUAAAGGUGAUCCAGGCGAUACUGGACGUCCUGGAAAUCCAGGUCCAAUUGGUAUUCCUGGCCCUCCUGGAAUAGAUGGAUUUAAAGGCGAAAGUGGAUCCCCAGGCCCUCAAGGGUUAACGGGUCCUCAAGGACCUCAAGGUCCACCCGGCGAAAGAGGGUUACCAGGUUUACCUGGUUCUAUUGGUCCUACAGGAGAAAGAGGAUUACGUGGAAUUCCCGGUGAAAUAGGGCAACCUGGAAAACCAGGAAUAGAAGGCCCACCCGGACCUCCUGGAUUAAAAGGUUCUCCAGGUCCUCCUGGCCAUAUUGGAGAAGCAGGACCGGAAGGACCAGUUGGAAGGCCAGGACCACCGGGAAUAGGAGGCCGACCAGGUGACAAGGGACCACCUGGAGCACCUGGUGUUAUAGGGCCAACAGGCCCUCCUGGCCUACCAGGGCCACCUGGAGCCACUGGACCUACUGGACCUACUGGAGAACGUGGUCCCAAAGGUGAAACAGGACCGCAAGGCAUAGAAGGUCCGCAGGGAUCUUCCGGAAAACCUGGCCUAGCAGGUCCUGAAGGCGCAAAAGGCGAUCGCGGAGAAGAGGGACCGAAAGGAGCUAAAGGACAUCGAGGAUUUACUGGUUUGCAAGGAUUGCCUGGAUCUCCCGGUUUAGUAGGAGAACAGGGUCUACCUGGUUUGCCAGGAUCUCCUGGUAAAAAUGGAGAGCCAGGUAUUAGAGGUAGUCCUGGACGGGAAGGUAAUCCAGGACCUAUCGGACCUGAAGGACAUUCCGGACCAAGAGGUCCACCUGGAGAAAAAGGUCGUUAUGGAUUACCAGGUUUACCAGGACCUCCCGGACCACCUGGUCCUCCUGGAGAAGUUGGUUUUGAUUACGAUGCUGCAUCUCUAGCAAUACUUCUAGGAAGAGGUCAAACUAAGGGACCAGAUCCACUUGGUGAUGAACCACCAAGAAUAUUUAAUAAAGAUAUUACUGAAAAGGAACGAAGAGAAUUGCUUUUAAAAGCAUAUGAAAAUCUAAAGUUGUCAUUCCAAAAAUUAGUAAAACCAGAUGGUGAAAAGAAUUCUCCGGCGAAAACCUGUCGAGAUCUAUUUGUCGCCUAUCCGGAAAAAUUAUCUGGCAAAUAUUGGAUUGAUCCAAAUGAAGGAGACAUCCGAGAUGCAAUCUUAGUAUAUUGUGAUGCUGAAAAACGUGCAACUUGCAUUUUACCGAACCCAUCGCGUUCGCCAGAAAUUACUCACAUCACUGAUCAACAAGAGACAUGGCUGAGUGAGAUAGAUGGUGGCAUGAAGAUUACGUACAAGGCGGACAGUAAUCAGAUCAGUUUCUUGCAAUUGCUCUCAAAACAUGCAAUUCAAAACAUCACGUAUCAUUGCAAAAAUAGUGUGGCUUACUUUGAUUAUGAGAGAAAAACAUAUAGGAAGGGCUUGAAGCUUUUGUCUUGGAAUGACGUUGAAUUGACACCACGAGGCAACCAGCGUCUUAAAUAUGAGAUGAUAAUGGAUCAAUGCAGAUUUUAUCAAAACCACUGGGGUAAAACUGUUAUCUCAUACGAAACGGACAAACCCGUAAGACUUCCUAUCUUAGAUGUGGCUUUGCGAGAUAUCGGAAAAUCCGAACAGAGUUUUUCCGUUGAAAUCGGUGCAGCUUGUUACGACUAACGUAAAGAGGAUGACUUUAUGUUAAUUUCACUUAAAGUGGCAAUUACUUAAUCUAAUUCGUAUUGUAUAUACUUAUUUUUUACUCAAAUUUUUUACAUUGUAGACUUAGCUUAUUAUUAUUAAAUACGCACAAUACUAAAAUUUUAUUAUGUAUAAUAAUAGAUUAAUUUUGUUUAUGUCAUUGUUAUUUGUACCUAUCCAAGAAUAAUAAAAUUA